AUGUCCGCCGAGAAGAACGGCAACAGCCUCGUGCCAACAUCGUCGUAUGACAGCCCGCCCAGGCCCGAGGACGAGGAGACCCUCCGCCUGGCCAAGAACUGGACGCCAGAGGAGGAGCAGCGCGCCAAGCGCAAGAUGGACUUUAUCAUCAUGCCUAUUCUGACGCUGGGCUUCUUCUGUCUUCAGCUCGACCGCGGUAACAUUGCCAACGCACUCACGGACAACUUCCUCAAGGACGUCCGCAUCACGCAGGACCAGUUCAACGUCGGCCAGCAGAUGCUUUCGCUCGGCAUCGUGCUCUUCGAAGUGCCGUCCAACAUGGCGCUGUACCGCAUCGGCCCCGGCAAGUGGCUCACGCUCCAGCUCUUCCUCUUCGGCAUCGUCUCCACCUUCCAGGCCUUCCAGCGCGGCUACGGCCCGUUCAUCGCGACGCGUUUCCUGCUCGGCAUGACGGAGAGUGGCUUCAUCCCCGGCGGCCUGUGGACCCUGUCGACGUGGUACACGCGCAGUGAGACGGCCAAGCGCGUCAUGUUCUUCUACUUUGGCAACCAGAUCGGCCAGGCCUCCUCCAAGCUCCUCGCAUACGGCAUCCUCCACAUGCGCGGCGUCGGCGGCCAGCCGGGCUGGUUCUGGCUCUUUGCGCUCAUGGGCGCGUUCACCGUCGCGUCCGGCUUCGUGUUCGGCUUCUUCCUUCCCGACAGCUUCAAGAACCCCACGUCGACGUUCCUCCCCAAGAAGCGCUGGUUCACCGACCGCGAGCUCGAGAUCCUCCGCACCCGCGUCAUCCUCGACGACCCGAUGAAGGGCAAAAAGAAGAGCCACAUUGGCCUCGACGCCUUCAAGCGCGCGUUCGGAAACUGGCGUCUCUGGGUCCACCUCUUCAUCACCCUCUGCAACAACGGCCCCCAGCGUGCGUUCGACACGUACUCGCCCUCGAUCGUCUCGUCGUUCGGCUUCGCCCCGCUCACCUCGAACGCGCUCGCUUCCGUCGGUUUCUGGCUCCAGGUGCCCGUGUCCUUCGUCUUCUCAUACGUGUCGGACCACUUCAACCUCCGCGGUCCGACCGUCAUUGCAGGCUUCUCGGGCCACAUGCUCGGUUACAUCUUCAACCGUAUCUUCACCGAGCUCAACUCGCGCGGCGUCAAGUACUUUGGUGUCGUGUGGACGCAGACUUUCGGCACCUUCUCGCACCCGCUCAACAUUGCCUGGAUGUCGCUUUCCGCGCGUGACUCGGAGGAGCGCGCCCUGGCCAUGGCCAUGGUCAUCAUGGGCGCCAACACGGCCGGCAUCUACGGCGCGCAGAUCUUCCGCUCAGACGACAAGCCAAAGUACCGCCGUGGAUUCAGCAUCAACAUUGCAAUCCUCGCCUUCGGUCUCCUGCUCGCCAUCAUCCGCUACAUCGACGACCGCAGGCUCAAGAAGCGCGCCCUUGCCGAGGAGACGACCAUUCUGUCCUCCGAGGGCGACGUCGCGUCCCUCCGCGCCCGUGAGAGCACCGAUGCCGCCCACCCCGUCAGCAGUGCCAAGGCCGUCGAGGACGACAAGGAGAAGAAGGAGGUGCUCAACGGCAACGUUGUCCGCGCCUAA